CCUUUCUUGCGACCAACUCUAAUAAAAUCUUUUUUCACCAAACUGAAUCACUAACCGCAUGAUCGGUUCUCCACGUGUCCCACAACCUCAUCUUCACGGCCCACGUCUCUGUUUGAAAAAUCCAAGUAAGUGGUCCACGGAAGCCCAACUGUCCCAGAUCCAACGGGCAAGAAAAAACAACGGCCAAGAUUCCAUGCUUUUUUCUAUACUAGUACGUUUGGAAGUCGCUUUAGCUUUCAUUCAAAGUUUCAUUCACGCAAAUGAGAAUGAAGCAGAAGCCCGAGUUUACGGUGGCAAUGGAUCUCCGGCGGAUGACGUUAGAUUCCGGCGAGAUGAGCCAACUCACGGUGACCCAAACCAAUAACGCUCGCCGGAAAAGGCUGAAGGUCCGGAGACUGAAGUACACGUGUGGAACGAAGACCCACGUGGAGGAAGAGAAACAAUUGGACGAGAACAAGAACGAGAUGUCAUUGUCGUUGUCCUCCUCUGCAGAAAAAGAUGAAGUUUUAUCGUGCCAGAGAGACAGCUCGGAGAGUUUCACGGCGCACGGGUCGGUGUCGGUGAUAGGGAGGAGGAGAGAGAUGGAAGACACGGUGAGAGUGGAACUAGGGUUCAUGAUAAAGAGAAACAACAUGGUGUACGACUUCUUUGGGGUGUACGAUGGGCAUGGAGGGCCGCACGUGGCGAGGGCGUGCGAGGAGAGGUUUCAUGGGGUUAUGGUGGAGGAGGUGGGAGGUGAUCAGGGUAGAGAUAAUGGUGACGGGGUGGAGUACUGGCAGAGAGUGAUGGAAGGGUGUUUUGGUAAAAUGGACGAGGAGGUAAGGGGGAAUGGGGUCGGGAAGACUGUGGGGUCCACGGCGGUGGUGGCGGUGGUGGGAGAGGAGGAGGUGGUGGUGGCCAACUGUGGGGACUCUAGGGCGGUGAUGUGCAGUGGUGGUGUGGCUUUGGCCUUGUCUAAGGAUCAUAAGCCUGACAGACCAGAUGAGUUGAAUAGAAUUGAAGCAGCUGGUGGAAAGGUCAUAAACUGGAAUGGACAACGCGUUCUUGGAGUUCUAUCCACUUCUAGAUCAAUAGGUGAUCAUUACCUCAGACCAUAUGUCAUUUCCAAACCGGAAGUCACGGUGACCAAGCGAUCCGACAAGGAUGAAUUCCUCGUACUCGCUAGCGAUGGUUUGUGGGACGUUAUCUCAAACGAAGUUGCGUGCCAGGUCGUGAAGAGAUGUCUCGAUGGACGAAUGAGGCGGAAUUCCCUCGAGGCUGAGAAUGAAAGCCAUGCUGCUCGGGCAGCAGCAGUGUUGGCCGAGCUAGCAAUGGCUCGGGGGAGCAAAGAUAACACCAGCGUGAUUGUUGUUGAUUUAAGGAAACCCAGAGGCUUUCUCACUCGGUAGCCCUCUCGUUAUCUUCUCUAGCUUGGUCCUGCCAAGCUUUAAUUGAACGCAUGCACGUGCAAGAAAGCUUGAUCAAUAUUCCCGGAACCGCCCAAGGAUUCAGACAAAGAAAUGUCGGAUUUGGGAGCCUCAGAGUUUCAUGGAAACGUGGGUACGCGUGUCGUUUAACAUGUAUAAAUUCAUUUGUGGUGAUGUUUGAUAACCAUACCAUACACCUUCCUUGAAAUCAUCACACCAUGGUAUUACAAGCAUUACGAAAUGGGUUUUUUUUUUAUUUUUGGUGUGGCUAAAAAUAAAAACAAAGCAUGCUAGAUUGUGGUGAGUAUUUGUCACGUUGUGAUGGGCUCCGCUUGUUAAUGUUGUUGGGGAUUCUUUUUUGGGGCAAGUGAAGCACAAUGUCUAUUUCAAUGGGCUCAGCUUCUCUGUUUUUAAGUGUUCUCUUUUUGUUGGGCUGCUUCUCAGGCGGCCAAUCCAUGAACCAGGACUGAUGUAGCCUAUUUGCUUUGUAAGGUGAGCUCAAUUUUGGGAGACUCCUUGCCUGGUUGAUUGUUGAAA